UUGUUUACCUUGCCUAUUUCGAAAUGUAGUUAGGAAUAAAAGUGUAAAAUAACAACAAAUGCUAUUUAACAAUAUUCUGUGCUGUGGUUUGUGUCAUAAUAUUAGAUGAUAUUACAUCAGUUGCAACAUAAAUGAGUUAAAUUACUGCAGUGGAGGUGUGGAUAUACUCAAGAGAAUCGCUUCAAAGUUAGCCCCGAUCUGCGCAGUCGCUGGCCUCUCUUGCCUUCGUUUGGUUCGGUCUUGUGUUUGUUUGGUGUUUUGUUCUAAACGUGUUAUUUGUUAUUGCCGUAUGAUCUUCCUUCAUUUACAAAAAUGGCAUUCCUUAUAUGGGUGUUGUUAGUUGUGAUACUCCUCCUGUAUUUUCGGCAAGUGUACUCCAAAUUCACAAAGGCCGGAGUCAAUCACUUGCCUGUGUUCCCACUGCUGGGCAACAGUGGGCACACGCUGCUAAGAUUAGACAAUAUCAUAAACCGUAUCACACUAGUAUAUAGGAGCUUCCCUGACGAUUAUUUCGUUGGAUUCUAUGAACUUAUGAAUCCUUUAAUAAUAGCCAAAGAUGUGAGGCUGGUGAAACAGAUAGCUGUGAAAGAUUUCGAAUACUUUGUGGACAGACGCGGCUUCGGCAAAGAGUUUGCGGAUCCACUAUUUGGCAGAAAUUUGUUACUUUUAAAAGGCGAAGAAUGGAAAGCUAUGCGCUCAACUUUGAGCCCAGCGUUCACGAGUACCAAGAUACGGUUGAUGGUCCCCCUGAUGGUGGAAGUUGGUGACCACAUGAUAAGGACAUUAAGAAAGAAAAUCGACGACUCCGGUGUAAAUUACGUAGACAUCGAAUGUAAGGACUUGGCCACGAGGUACGCCAAUGACGUCAUAGCGUCGUGUGCGUUCGGUCUUCGUGUGACGUCACUAGAGGAAGGUACACAGUUCUACGAGUACUGCAAGAGAAUGACCACUAUCAGUUUUGUUGGCAUGCUGAAGAUUCUUGGCUACAGAACGUGUCCUAAGAUUUUGAAGAUGUUCAACAUAACGUUAUCUUCAAAAGCCCUGUCAUCGUUCUUCAGCGACUUAGUGUUGGGCACAAUGCGGCAGCGCGAGGAGCAGCACGUGCUCAGGAAUGAUAUGAUACAGCUACUCAUGGAGGCCAAGAAAGGAACGCUGUCUCAUGACAGUAAAGUGGUGAAGGACGCAGACGCCGGCUUCGCGACCGUCGAGGAAUCUGUCGUCGGCAAGACUAAAGUGGUUAAAGAGUGGAGUGACGUGGAUCUGGUGGCACAAGCAGUGCUGUUCCUGAUCGCGGGCUUCGAGACUGUGUCCACAGUGAUCGCCUUCACGCUGUACGAGCUGGCGCUGCACCCGGAUGUGCAGGACCGACUGCUGCACGAGAUACGAGAGAACGUGUCGCAACACAAGGAUAACACUAUUGACUACAACGUUAUACAGCGCAUGAACUACUUGGAUAUGGUGGUCUCAGAGGUGCUACGUCUGUGGCCGCCGGCUCCUGUGGCUGAUCGUAAAGCUGCCAGAGACUACAACUUAGGCAGACCUAACAGCACUGCACAAGAAGAUUAUAUUAUUCGAAGAGGCGAAACAGUUCAGAUUCCUAUUUGGGCGUUUCAUAGAGAUCCCAAGUAUUUUCCUGACCCCGAGAAAUUCGACCCCGAGAGGUUUUCAGAUGAAAACAAGCAUAAGGUUGACCCUUUCAGUUAUAUGCCAUUUGGUGUUGGUCCCAGAAAUUGUAUUGGUUCAAGAUUUGCGCUAUGUGAGGUAAAAAUUGCUCUAUACCAGCUGCUGCAACACAUAGAGGUGUCUGCGUGUCCGCGGACGCCGGUGCCAGCGCGUCAGCCUGACAGCUUCCAAGUGCGGCUGUGUGGCGGACACUGGCUCAGGAUGAAGCCGCGACACUGAUUCAUUUGCUAUAUAUAAAACACUAGUUUUUCAUUUGAAAUGAGGUGGAAAAUACAUAAUGUGUUACUCGAUAUAUUAUCUGUGUCUUUAAUAAGAUGAGUUGAAUAGUUGCGGAGUUAUCGAGUAAAUGGGAAGAACAAACGUUAUUGCAGGGGAACCUUACACAUUUCCGGGAUCUUAGGUAGCCCAUGUAUUUUUCCAAAUUGUUUCUAUACAAAAUUUGAGUGAGAUACGUGCAGUCGUUCUGGUGAUACCUCCUAACAAACAUCCAUCCAUCCAAACGAAUGCAAUGCGAAUGCAU